GGCAUCACGGGAUCACAUUCGCGGCCAUACCAAAAGGCAAAAGCCCAUCGUCAUCGUCAGACCACACUCGUGUUGGCGUCGCAACAAUUUUCCUUUGAGCCUCCCCGUGGAAUUGUGCCUCCCUCCAUUAGUUUCGCCUACUCCUCAAGAGUCACAGCAAGCAAGCGCACACCACAACUCUCUCACCUGUUUCUUGAAGCAGAGGCUUCAGAGCUUCGCUUGGCCAUGGGAAUUGCAAUUAGGCUGCUCUUCCUGCCGUUGAUGGCCGUGGCAUUCUGCGGCUACGGCGUUUGGGGAAGGAGCCACUUCCACAAGAAGCCGCCGCGCGGCGUCGGCCGGCACAGGGGCGGCGGCAAGGAGCGUUCCGUGGUGUCCUCCCCGGCGGACGACGGCACGCGCCCGGUCGAGCCGCAGCCACCGACGGGCACCGUGCCCUCCGACCCGGCCACUCCGGUCCAGCCCGCGGAGCCGUGUGUGUUCGACGUCCGGGCGUACGGCGCGGUGGGCGACGGCACGACGGACGACACCCAGGCGUUCCGGGAGGCGUGGAGGGCGGCCUGCGCCUCCAACUCCGCCGUACUGCUGGUGCCGUCUGACGGCACGUUCACCAUCACCACCACCACCUUCUCCGGGCCGUGCAAGCCCGGCCUCGUGUUCCAAGUGGACGGCGUGCUGAUGCCGCCGGACGGGCCGGACUGCUGGCCGCCGUCGGACAACCGGCGGCAGUGGGUCGUCUUCUCCAACAUCGACGGCAUGACCCUGCGCGGCGCCGGCACGAUCGAGGGCAACGGCGAGGACUGGUGGAAUCUCCCCUGCAAACCUCACAGGCAGGGCCCGAACGGCUCGACGCUGCGCGGACCGUGCGACAGCCCCACGGUACGUGUGCAGCUGCUGAGGUUCUUCAUGAGCCGGAACCUGGUGGUGGAGGGCCUGCGGGUGGAGAAUAGCCCGGAGUUCCACUUCCGGUUCGACGGCUGCAGCGACGUGCGCGUCGACGGGCUCUACAUCAGCUCGCCGGCCAACAGCCCCAACACCGACGGCAUCCACGUCGAGAACACCGAGCGCGUCGGCAUCUACAACUCGAGGAUCAGCAACGGUGACGACUGCAUCUCCAUUGGCACCGGGAGCUACGACGUGGACAUACAAAACAUUACCUGCGGACCUGGACACGGCAUAAGCAUCGGCAGCCUCGGCGUGCACAACUCGCAGGCGUGCGUGGCGAACGUGACGGUCCGGAACGCGGUGAUCCGGAACUCGGACAACGGCCUGCGGAUCAAGACGUGGCAGGGCGGGAUGGGCGCCGUGUCGGGCAUCGCCUUCGACACGGUGGCCAUGGAGAACGUGCGCAACUGCAUCAUCGUGGACCAGUACUACUGCCUGGACAAGCGGUGCAUGAACCAGUCCACGGCCGUGCACGUCACCGACGUCUCCUACGCCAACGUCCGGGGAUCCUACGACGCCCGCAGCGCGCCCAUCCACUUCGCCUGCAGCGACACCGUGCCCUGCACCAACAUCACCAUGUCCGAGGUCGAGCUCCUGCCCUUCAGCGGCGAGCUCGUCGACGACCCCUUCUGCUGGAGCGCGUACGGGACGCAGCAGACGCCAACCAUCCCGCCCAUCACCUGCCUGCAGGACGGGCUGCCGGAGGCCCUACUCGACAACCCGGACCUCAGCAAGACCAAGGCCCGUGAUCAACUGGAUCAACUUUCCGCAGUUGAAGAGCAGACUGGAGAACAGCGAAGUUAUCAUUCCUACAUGAUUUUGCGUUUAUCCUACACAAUAGCGGUAAAUUGCAAUUAUAGCUGAUGGAAAAACUUGUUAACAAAAAGAUUAAUUUGGGAUAUCUUAUACCUGAUUUAUAUUAAGGACGGAAGACCAAAAAUUACUAUAGGUACAAUUAGAAAGAUCGCCAUGUGAGGUGACAACUGACAGCGUCGCUCUCGUCUAGGGGCGACACGGGUGGCACCCCAACCACCGCCGCCGCUCCCACGAUCGUCCACGCCUCAUCCCCGCUCGAGUGGGGCAUCGGAAGCCCGUGCCCCCCGAGGACGGCGGUAGCGGGCCCUAUGGCGGUGCUGAGGCGGCGCUAGAUCCCCGACCAGUGAGGCCGGAUGCAGCCUCGCCCCGUCCGGCGAGAUGAUGGGGUAACUUCGACUCGUGGUGGAGACUCGGUCCCUUAGCUCCGACAGUGGAUCACUCGUGGGAUGGUGGUACCGCCUGUAGGCAUUCUAGGUGAAAGCCUACCCAGACAUUUGGUCUGUGUCAACAACGGCGGCGCUUCAGACGUCGUUUCCGAU